GCUAACAGCUAGCAGACAGAGUUAGGGUAGGAACACCGGUAGAACCACCGGUAGAACCUCCGGUAGAACCACAGCCAGCAGAACCUCUUCUCAUGUCGUUGCUCUGCUGAACACGCGUCCGGAAGCUGCUUGUGCACGCGCACAAUCUCCAUGGCUACGGAAGAGUUCUACGAGGUGGAGCGGAUCGUGGAUAAGAGGAAGACGAAGAAGGGUCGGGUGGAGUACCUGGUGAGAUGGAGAGGUUACGGUUCCGAGGGAGACACCUGGGAACCUGAGAGUCACCUCUCCACCUGCAUGAUCUACGUCCACGACUUCAACCGUCAGUACGCCGAGCGCCAGAGAGACAGCACCUUACUGCGCUCCACCCGCAGCUCGCCCGGCCUCCACUGCCCCCCCGCCCACAGACCGCCCUGCAGGCCGCUGCCGGGCGCCGUGGCUCGCGGUGACAUCAUCAGUGACAUCAGCGGCGGGUUGACGGGAGCCCGCGAUCAGGCCAAACACUCCGAUCCUCCUCUCGGCCCGGCCCACCUGCCGACCGCCGGGCCGAUCCGCCAGGCGUCCGUCGGCUCCCAGCAGCCCCCGCUGCCCGACAGGUUCGGAUCCGGUCUGCUGUCUCCGGCCGGCUCGGCCCGGCGGAGCGUGGACCUGUCCAAGACCGGCAUCAAGAUUCUGGUUCCUAAAAGUCCCAUGAACAGCCGGCUGGACUCGGAGGAGUCUCCGAGGGAGGCGGCUCACGGUCUGGAGGCCGGAGCACAGGAGGCUCAUCUGGUUCCACCUGAGGUCGCCCUGCUGGAGAAACCCGGAGUCCAGCUGGGGCCUGGAGAGGAGAGAGCCCGCAUGGGGACCAGACCCCGCAGCCAGAACCUCCUGCCCCCCCCUCGGGUCCCCAUCACACCUGCUGCCAUGCGCUCCCUUAGCGGUACAGGGGGCUCGGCGCUGAUGGAGGCUGUUGCUGCUAACGGGAUGUCUGGCGUGCAGAGUGCUGUUACCGGGGCGACCAGCGUGACGGGGAAACGGCGUCUGGAGGAGCGUUCUGCGUUCGACAAGCGUCUGCGGUUCAGCGUGCGGCAGACGGAGAGCGCGUACCGGUACCGGGACAUCGUGGUGAAGAAGCAGGACGGGUUCACUCACAUCCUGCUGUCCACCAAGAGCUCCGAGAACAACACGCUGAACCCAGAGGUGAUGAAGGAGAUCCAGAGCGCCAUGGCGACGGCAGCAUCAGACGACAGUAAGCUGGUGUUGCUAGGCGCUGUCGGCAGCAUCUUCUGCUGCGGACUCGACUUCCUGUACUUCAUCCGGCGCCUGACGGACGACAGGAAGAAGGAGAGCAUCAAGAUGGCCGAAACCAUCCGGACGUUCGUGAACAGCUUCAUCCAGUUCAGGAAGCCGAUCGUGGCGGCGGUGAACGGGCCGGCGCUCGGCCUCGGCGCCGCCAUCCUGCCGCUCUGUGACGUGGUGUGGGCCAAUGAGAAGGCUUGGUUCCAGACGCCAUACACCUCCUACGGACAGACGCCCGACGGCUGCUCCUCCUUCACCUUCCCCCGCAUCAUGGGCCUCGCCUCGGCUAACGAGAUGUUGCUAAGCGGCAGGAAGCUAACAGCACAGGAAGCGUGUUCUAAAGGUUUGGUGUCUCAGGUUCUUUGGCCAGGAACCUUCACACAGGAAGUGAUGCUGCGAGUCCGAGAGCUGGUGGCUGUCGACUCACUGGUGCUCCAGGAAUCCAAAGCUCUGCUGAGAACAACCAGUCGCGGUUCUUUGCAGCAGAGCAACGAGCGCGAGUGUGAAGCUCUGAAGAGAGUCUGGGGAUCGUCUCAGGGGACGGACGCCAUCCUGCAGCACCUGCAGAGAGGGACCCAGCUCUGCUAGGACCGGGACCAGGACCGGGACCAGGACCGGGACUACACCAGGACCUGGACCAGUCAACACUAGACUGGAACCGGACCAGGACUGUAUCUGGACCAGAACCCGAGACUCAGCAGAUUAUUUUGUUGUUUGAAUCUUUAAGUUAUAAAAUGUUGGACAUGUUUAAACUUCUUCCUGCAGAGUCACAUGACUCCGCCUGUCAGUCAUCACUGAGGGCGGAGCAGCCAAUCCCAGCCAGGCUAACAGCUGGAGCGGGUCAUGUGACCUCUCAUGGAAUGAACAGGAAGAGGCGGGGCUAAGACAGAAAAUGAACUGAACAGUUUUAAUCAUGUGACCUCCUGCAGGUAACUGAUGCAUUCUGGGUAAAUAUUGACACCAUAUUAAACAGUUUAUUGAUCAUCUUCUGUUUGUUUAUUGGCUAAAGAAACAGUGACAUCAUCCAAAUGUUAACCAAUAAGAAAGCAGAGUUGAUAUAAUUACAUUUUACAUGAAAAUAAAAAAGUUUAAAUCUCAACAUGAGAACUCAUUAAGCUCGUCACAGUUUCAACAUGAGGGUCGAGGCCCCUGCAGGGACGCUGGGAGCUCCUCCUGAAGACAAAACCAGAUUCAACCCAUACCUAACCCAGGUAUGAUCAUCAAGGACAGGUGGGGACAGGUG